GUCCUGGCAUGGAGUAAUGAAGAAAAUCUUAAUUUGUAGGGCAACUGUUAGUUCCUCUGGAUUCAAUAUGUGGGACUACAGUGGAUUUAUAUCGGAGAUACAUCAGCGAAAUACCGUGAACAUGUUUUUGGAUCUAUUAUUUCAUAGUAGUGCUUCUGUUUAUUUGAAAUGAAUUUGUUUCGAGAGAAGGAAAUCGGAGAAUAUGUAAUAGAGGUUAUUUGAUAAUAUCUGGGGAGGGAUCGUGAAAGGACUUGUCGGACGUUUUAUCUGACAAGUCCUGUUUAUCCGACAGUUAGCAUAGUGAUAGUGCUUCUAAGCCAAUCAAAAUCAUGGAAAGUUGUCAGAUCUGACAACUUUUUGGACAAAAGUGUUCAUGAAAUGCUCCCCCGAUGAGUAAUAAGAUGGGACUACAGUUGUACAUUGUCAUCUUUGGAAGUGGAAAAUUAAAUUAUAUACUAGGAGUCCGAUGUAAACAUUGAACUUGAUCUGUUCAAGAAGUCAUAUCAACCCUCGACGGAUCUUUACCUGUGGGACUUGUGACACAGUUUUGGAUUGGGGUUCUUCUUCUUCUUCAUAGACAGUACAGGAUACCAAUAUCCCUCCAUCAAAGUCCAGUAUGAUAGUAUGCUGAUCGCAAAAGAACUAUCACCUCGAGAACCUUGAGAGUUUAAAUGGAAUAUUAACAUUUUUGUGGAGACCCGACUGUCAUUUUGGAAGUUACCAAAGGCAUCAUACUUGUGAUAUUUGCCCAUAUUUGGAUUAAGCUUUAAUCUUGCCAAGGAUUGUAACAACCAUGUCGUACGGAGGCUACGGCCGCUACGGCUCAGGGAGCUCCGGAUCCUCCUAUACUCCUGGUAGUGGAUCCAGGUAUGGAUCUGGGACAGGGAGCCGACUAGGUUCCACAGGGAGCUAUACUCCAACAUCAUCAAGUCGCCGACCAUCUCCUCUGUAUUCCUCUUAUACAACCGACCGUUCUUCGAGACCGUCAUCAACUAGCUCAGUAGGAAGCAGAUACGGGGACUCAUCAUCAGUGCUCGAUAGAUCGAGAGGAUCAGAUAGAAAUCAAACUUCAACUCGUUCUUCUACGGGACAAUCGUGUUCAUCUUGCAAAAAGUUAUUUGAAGAGAAAGACACACUUAUAAGCAAACUUCAGGGUGAGGUGAAACAGAAGGAUCAAGAGAUAGCUGAACUAAAGAGCCAAUCAGAUCGUAGGUCAGACUCAAGGUCAGGGGAUUCAGAUAAAAGAGAAAGACGGGGAUUAGAAAGAAGAAUUUCAGAGCUUGAAGAAGAACUCAAGGCUAUGGAACAACUAAAGUCUGACAACCAGCGACUGAAGGAUGAGAACGGUGCCUUAGUCCGGGUUAUCAGCAAGUUAUCCAAAUGAGGCCUACUGGUCCCUCUCCCCGGAAACCACUCUUCCACCAUCACCGUUACCUCCACACCUCCUCAUCGGCUCCCUUGUCGCCAUCGGUUUCGUCGUCAUCGUCGAUCAACUGUAGUUUUUGUCUCGCCAGCCAGAACGACCAUCGUGAGGUUUCCAUCACGUGUCCUCUGUUCUGGACGCUCACGCGCGACAUUCCUGCUGCCUAGGGCUGGCUCUUGUCAAUCCUCGUCCUCCCGAGACCAUCCCGUCUUCCUUUCUUGGCUAAGCUACCCCUCCCCGACUCCAUUUGCUUGAUGUACGUUAAAAGAUCGCUCAGUCUUUCUUUUAUAUUCUUGUUAAUGAUAGACAUGUCCCCCUUCCCUAUUUGUUUGCUUCCCUGUGAGUUAGCUUUGCCGCUUUGCUUUUGUAGCCGAAAAAAAUGUGGGUAGCGUAGUCUCGACAAGAAUCCACACGUUCCUUGGAGCAAGGGGACGUUGGGCUCUGUUCAAAUCUUGAUGAUUGUAUGUGUUACCAUGGCGAUGGGUGCUACCGGAGGUCAAAAGGUCAGGCUAAGCAGGAAUGCCCAAUCGUGCGCUGAGUGCAGGGAGGAUGCGUGAUGGAUACGACAGCAAUCAGCUGACCGAGAUUUGACCAACCAGGACGGAGCGUGACGGGAGGAAGGUUGCGUUUUCGCCGGGGAACGGAGUGGCCGCCCUCGGAAGUGUGUCUAUUUGUAGCUUUUAGAACAAAAGGAAAAAAAAAAAUAUGAAAAGGAUCCUACAAAACAGAGUUUGCCGAACGCCUUCAACGAAGCUAUCCGUGAUUCUAAAUCGCGAGGAUACAUCUCACACCAGACUAUCACAACGCUGCCCUCUGUAGUUGAAGUGUGGUAAUGUUGGCACGUUUCAAGUAGAGAGAUCUAAUGGCCAAAGCAGCGUUAAUUAAAAACAGGACCUUUGUUUUAAGUGUUUCUUGUCGGAGAGUAACGAAGGAGUAUGUUGGGAGUGCCCUCUGUAGGUAAAUAUGUGUAGAUGAGAUAACAGAACUACAUAGACCAUGAUAGAAUUUGGGCCAAGCGCUAUGGACAUUUUUUUUUUCAUCAUCAUUUUAUGUUGUAGUAUUUAUGACAUUUUUUUUAUUACAGGUAUUCAUUUUGAUUAUAUAUGUAUGAAUGAAUACUCCUCAGAAUUUGUAAUUUUCUCUUUGAAUUUCAUGUCUUAACAAAUAAUUAUUCAACUCUUGAAGUUUUUCUUCUCAUAUGUUUGGGGAUGUUUGUUGAAAUGUGGGCUGGCUUGCAAGGCUGUCCCGUAUUUUUCUUGAUCAAAUCGUGAUAAAUUGAUUAGCGAAGUCUUCCAGGGAAUUUGCCAGCAUGUGGAUUGCUGCAAGUCACUCUCUUGUAACGGUUUGGGCUUUUGAGUGAGUCUUUUCACAGAAGUUACCAAAACGAGUCUGGUAUUUGAUCAUUUGUUUGUGAUGAUUUGUGUAGAUUUCUGUACGAUAGAAAAAUAACAAUCUCGUUGGAAUGUUAAAAGGAGUACUUUAACCAAACUCGUAGCUUGUAGACAAGAAUAGUAAACAUUUAUCAUUAAUAAUUUGACAGUAGUCAAAAUGAAUUACCAGAGUUUAAUAUUCCUUAUUUGAUCAGAUUGAAUUUAAUCGUCUUUUUUCUGGAUGCCGUUAACAUUUGAUUUCUCUCUAUCUAAUGAUUUAUAUUUUGAUGUGAUAGGAUAUGGACAACAUUAGAAUACCAGAUCAAUUAAUGUUUGAUCUCAUCUCGGAAAAAAAUUUCAACUGAGAUGUAAAAAAAAAAAAAUAUGGUGAUGUAUUGAUUAUAAUAACAGUAGCAAGUAUUUAAAAAGCAACGGUAAGGAAUGUAGAUUUUGUGUGCAAUAAUUAAGAAAGCUUGUGUAUUAUCAUAUACUGUUUUCCAGUAUAGACUAUUUAUUGGAUUGCUGUAUCUCUCUGACUCACUGCUGGCUCCGGGCACACGUCUGGGGAAAACCUGGGGGUGUUUUCACUCACAGAUAAAAUCGAUUGUUAGUCGUGAAAUCAAGUUUGUAAAAUUUGAUUGGACUGCAGCUUCUGUGUGAAUAUAUCGUAACUGCAAGUGAACCACGUCCGGGAAACCCAGUGGUGUUUCACGAACACCUAAAAUCAAUUUCAAGUGAGAUGAUAAUCAAUUUUAUAUAAUUUGAUAUCAGGUUGCUGAUUGCAGAAAAUUGAUUUCAGCUGUAUGUGAACCGGCCCCCUUGAGCUAAGCUCUACUUAGAACCGAAGUGAGUGCUUGUAGUAUUUCACUUCCGUGCGAGAUUUUUUUUUUCACUGUAUCUAGAUAAUAAAUAUGACUCGGUCUCUGUGGUGCUUAUGCGUUGUUGUGAAAGAGCGAGCGAAAGAGAGCGUGUGAGAGAUGCGUGACAUAGCUAAAGAGAAAUGAGAAAUCAGCAGAUUUUACAUGUAGCCCUUCGAUUAUGUCUCCAAUAAAAAAAAAUUUGCGUCUUUUUGUAGAUCCCUACACAUGUGCAUAGAAUCAAAUUAAUUGUGAAAUUGUUUCGUUUUCUACCGGACAUGUUUAAAGGUUAUUGCACUUUCUGUAACAUCGUUUUUUUUUCUGUUAUUAUGAUUAUUAUUAUUAGAAGAGUCGGCUACAUUGCAUGAUGUUUGUGUGGUGCUAUGUGUGACUCUAUUCGCGAGCGAGCAUGUUCUGGUUAUUCCUUCAAAUUAUUUGUUGUCUUCGACUUAGAAUAAAAGCUGUCUUGAGUAGUAAUACAGAUGACACGACCCUUACAUUCGUUAGGCAAGGCUUGUGGACUGCUGUCGACGCUAUCAUUUUUAAUUGCACUAUAAAUCACCAUUAGGCUUUGUUUUAUUUUAUUCUCAUGUUUUAUUUGAUUCAUGCAAUGUCGGUUGUUCACUAUGUUUUUGGUUGUAUUAUCAUCUGGUUUUUUCCGACCCAUUAUGUGGCUAGAAUACAGGGAACUUCUUCUAGUAAAAAGAUAUUUUGACGUGAAAUUGGUUAAUUGAGUGGGGUGUAUACCAAACUCCAUGUUAAAUUGAGGUGUUUAGACAGGUCAAUGUGUUUCUUAUUAAGGAGAACCUGAUUCAAUCCCAAAGUUUGUUUUCAUUUUUUGUUUGCUAUUUUAAAGAGACCCCAAGCCAAGCCUUGAAGGUUCAUCACUUAUUUCAGGGGAAAUGAAAUGAGAGAAAUAGAGCAAGAGUUGAUUUGAUCCUGCCGUGGUCUGAAAUCUUUUGAACUUGUGCUUUAUAGAGUUUUAAAGUAGCAAGAGUCGUAGGUGUUAUUAUUUUAAAUCUCUUAUCGUAGCACUUGAUGUCUGAGUUGCAGAUCAUUUUCACCCGUCAUGGAAAUGAAAGAUAUUUUUUGCUGUCCUCUAAAAUCACUGAUGUUCUCAAGUCCAUAGAAACCUAACUACAUUGGCUUCAAGUCCCACACACUUGUUUUUGUGUCCUGUCCUUGUCAUUGUGCUGUUAUAAGCAAUUCAAUAAUUCAAUGAUAAUUGGAAAAGCUUUGGGAUUUUUUUUCUUUGCAUUUAUAUUAUCAAUUUAAUGAGAAAAAUGCGGCUAAUAAUAUUAUAUAUCAUAAGCUUUUUAGGGGCAGGUUCUUUUUAUAAUAGCAUGCCCUCGGUAAACACCUUGUUUUUUCUUAAGCACUGUACUUGGCCAAUCACUGUUUUGUAUGCUUUGCCAAUAACAUUCAAAGAACAAAUCAUUUACAAUUAUGAAUUUAACUUAUAAGUGGCUUUUUUUUAGUUUUAAGUACCGGUAAGAUUUAUAAAUGAAACAGUUUCAAAGAAAAGGGAAAAGGGGGAAUUAAAAAAGUCCCAAAUUACUCGGCAAUCUUGUAUUCUUAGUAUGUUAAUGUCUGUAUGAUUGUGGGUGAGGGUGUGUGUGGAUGUGUGUGAUGCUUUCCCUCUCUCUGACUGAAUAGGUUAUUUUUAUAGAAAUAACUACAGAAUUCAGAGACUACUAUUCAAUAUCAUGUGCAUGUUCCACCUCAGAUGAGUUUAUGGUAGCCUCAAUUUUUUUUUUUUUUUUAAAUGUAACAUGGCUUGCACCUAGCCACUUGGGAAGGAAAAAGAAAUUGUCUUGUACUAGUCUCGUAUUCAGCCACUGUAGAGCAUUUUGUAAUUGCUUGAGCAAUUGUAUCGGGUGUGGAGUGCAGUGCCUAUCUUACAAAAUGUUUUUGUAAAUAUAUUUAAAAAAACAUGGAAGGGAGUAACGUACAUUGGAGGCAUGAUUUGAUAUACCAAAAAAAUGCCCUGGAUAUCGAUGCAAUUAUGCUGGGGAUAUGUGAGAACAUGUUUCUGAUCUUUAAUAAUCAUUUAAGAUAGGAUUGCAGUCCAGUUUUCAACUCAUUUAUUAUUAUUAUUAUCAUUACAGCAAUUGAGAUGAAAUGGUUGCCCCGAUGAAAAGUUUGCCUUAUUGGAAGAAAAAUACCUCCGGGGUGGAGUUUUGAGCUUUUAAUCGCACAUCAGUUUGAAACAAACUCUCGAGUCCUGUAAGCUUGGGGUGCUAUCUUAUGCUUUAUUCACUUUUCCCCUGUGUUUUAUUGUAAAUGGGGGAGAGCUUGAUAAAGCAGAAAUAAACAAUUAUUUGGAGUGUGAUGUAAUUGAUUAAAGGUACAAUAUUUUCCAUAGAUUUGCAUUGCAGAUAGUUCUAUUAUAUGAAUAUUAUUAUCCAAAUUCUAAUUAUUAUUAUAUGUAGUCCAUGGUUUAACAAACGCUGUACAGAGUAGAAAUAUUGUAGGCUAAUAUUGGUGCUUUAUAACGUGGCAAGUGAGAGUGCGAAAAAUAAACACUUUUUUUGUAUGUGAGGUGACUAUUCCUUCGUUGGAAUUCACACAACUUCUUGGUAAAUCUAUGCACUUGUGUCUGUCUUUUUUUUUUCUUCAAAUGUCUCACCCUUUCCCCCUCUUGUUUUUAAUGUCUAUGCUUUUUUUUAGUUCAAGCAUUUCCCAUAAUUUUUUUGGUGAACAGUAUCUUUUUUUCUGUCUGAUUUCAUUUUUUUUCUUCCGAGGAGCUUCUUAUGAAGAAACCUACAAUGUUGCUCAAAGAAAUAUUCAUAGCUUGCUUGUUGAUUUAGUAUGUAUGGGAGCUUUGAUGGUGAUUGAAAAAUUCAUUUCAGUAAUUCACCGCUUCUUGUUUCCUAACACUUCUCAUCUUGAAAAUUAGUUGUAAAAAAAUCCCUGAAUCUACAUUUUGACAUUCCUUAAGGCUUAUUUAAAAACUUUUUGUAGCGUCACUGAGAUGUCCCGAUAUCGAAAUUCACAAAAGCACUUACACCACGUGACUAUAUAGGCUGAUACACUGUCUUUGUAAUUGACGAGGGGGGAAUCCCCUAAAUGGAGAAAUGGGGAAUCCCCUCUUGUGAAUCUGCAAGGGUGUGGCCAUGUUUUGGUUGUCCUUUGAUGGGAAGUGCUGUGAAAUGAGAAACUGGCUGAAUCACUGAAGAAUGUUCAUCAACGCAUUAUUUAUUCUGUUCCCUUUGACUGUAUUUGAUCAGAGGUAUUUUAUGAAAUGUUUUCGUGAAAUGCUUCACGGGGUCAGGUACUAAAUUGGAGUGCCUGACUUUUGAAGACAAAUUGACAAGCACAGCUUACAGCAUGUGGGACUAGAAGCAAUGAAUGUACACCAAACUGAAGCUAACGACUUGUAUUUUUUCCUCACCUCAUGAAACAGACAUGCUAAAAUGCUACCAUUCAUCUUAUAUCAUUUCUUCCAAACUUCCCUGUCACCUGUAAUACUUUCAUUGCACAAAUUUCUUUGUAUAAAAAAAGAACGAAUGUCGGAGGAAUGGGUGGAAUUUUUUUGUGAAUACAGCUGUUUUUUGUGGUUGUGAGUUACUAUGUUAUGGAGCACAGUCUCACAACGUAUGAAAUAAUUCUGUAUCUAUUUACGUAGGUAAUUCUCCAUGUGUAUAACUGUAAUGUACAGUUCUUGAUACUAAAUACAAAACUAUACUAUGUCCUGUAGGAAUGAUUGAUUUAUAGAAACACAGUGUAUUCUCAGUCUGUUAUUAGUUUCAGGGAAGAUUAAUCUUCUCCUAUUUCUCUCCUCUCUCUCUCUUUCUUUUCAUUAUUUAUCUUUUGUUACUAUUUUAAGUUUAUUUCAUAAUGUGUUUCGUUUGUAAGAGGAGGAAGGCAACUCUGGCUUUGUCAUAUUAAAAUAGUUCUCAACAUGAACCUA